UAUAAAUAACAAUCAAUAAAAGAAUUUACAUAGAGGACAACGAGUUAGUCUAACGGGGGAUUUCAAAGAGGAUGGUGUAUCGAACAGUAGAUCCAUGCUUUUAAACAACAAUAUACAUUUUCUUCGAUUAAUUAACAAUCAUUUGAGGAUGUAUAAAUCAACUAUUGAUGACAUUUUAAAAACGCAUCUGCCAGAUGAGGUUUUACCAGAAAUUAAUCGUCUUUUGUAUGGCCGUCAAAUAAAAAAGUUAGAUUUACCAGAAUGGGAAAAAAGUAACAAUUUAGAAAGACAAGGUUGGAUAUUAGAUAGUAUUGUUGAAGAACAAUUACGUCCUAAACGCAUUGUCCGUGUAGGAUUAAUUCAACAUUCAAUUGUUCUACCAACAACAGAUCCAGUAGAAAAUCAAAGGAAUGCGAUACAUAAUAAAAUAAAAGAAUAUAUUGAUUAUGCAGCUACUUGCAAAGUUAAUAUAAUUUGUCUACAAGAAGCUUGGACUAUGCCAUUCGCUUUCUGUACAAGAGAAAAAUAUCCAUGGUGUGAGUUCGCCGAAGAUGCUAAAAAUGGUCCAUCAAGUUUAUUAUUAUCAAAAUUAGCAAAAGAACAUAAUAUGAUUAUUAUUUCUCCAAUUUUGGAAAGGGAUAGUGUUAAUGGAGAUACUUUAUGGAAUACAUCUGUUAUUAUUAAUGUUGAUGGUAAAAUUAUUGGUAAACACAGAAAAAAUCAUAUACCUCGUGUUGGAGAUUUCAAUGAAUCUACUUAUUAUAUGGAGGGAAAUACAGGACAUCCUGUUUUUGAUACUUGUUACGGGCGUAUUGCUGUUAAUAUUUGUUAUGGGCGUCAUCAUCCUUUAAACUGGCUUAUGUUUGGAUUAAAAGGAGCAGAAGUUGUCUUUAAUCCAUCGGCCACUGUUGGUAAUUUAUCUGAACCUUUAUGGCCUAUAGAAGCAAGAUGUGCUGCAAUUGCUAAUAACUAUUUUACGUGUGCCAUCAAUAGGGUUGGGACUGAAAUAUUUCCUAAUAAAUUUACAUCGGGUGAUGGAAAACCAUCUCAUUAUGAUUUAGGACACUUUUAUGGCUCUUCCUAUAUUACUGCGCCUGACGGAACACGUACUCCAGGUUUAAGUAGAUCUAAUGAUGGAUUACUUAUUGCAGAUUUGGAUCUCAAUCUCUGCAGACAAGCAAAAGAUUUGUGGGGAUUUAGAAUGACCCAACGGCUAGACAUGUAUGCUAAUGAACUCGAUAAAAUUGUUCAACAUAAUUAAAUAUUGGUAUUGUAUGAAUUUAAUUUUUCACUUUAUUAAUCUAUGUAUAUUUUAAAUAAAAUAUAAAAACCAGUAAAGUAUAUAUUUAAGCUAAAAAGCUUAAAUAUAUAAAGCAUUUAAAUAUA